AUGGGGGUUGACCAGCUGCCGCCGGGCCAGGAACGCCAGCACGAUGUUCAUCCCCUCAUGAACCUGGCAUUGGCCACGCCGCUGUACGUCCUGGGAGGUGCCCUGAUGGUCCUGUUUACAGGUCGGACGAUCGUGCGCAUCCGACACCACCGACGCCUGCGCGAGGCCCUCGACAAAGAUGAUCAAGAGCGGUUCUCACAGAAUACUGCGCUCUCCGCCAGUCUCAAGAAACAUGUCUUUUACGCUCCUUUGCUCUCCACCCGCCACAGCCGCGAAUUCCGUCCCCUCGGCCGGAUCCAUAUGGGCACUAUUCCGCUGCGACUGGAGGUCGCUCUACUUGCGGCGUACCUCGCGUUGAACUUGAUAUUUUUCUUUGUCCUUGUUGACUGGCCGAGAGACUUCAAGGAGGUGAUGUUCGAGCUCAAGUAUGCCGCUGGACAUCUGGCCGUGAUGAACUCACCCGUCCUUGUGCUCACGGCGGGCCGCAAUAACCCGCUCAUUCCACUGCUGGGGCUCAGAUUCGACACGUUCAACUUGUUCCAUCGGUGGGUGGGAAGACUCAUGAUUCUUGGCGCCAUUGUCCAUGUGGCCUGCGUUCUUGCCUCUGAGGCCCGAGAGAUGGGCAUGAGCAUGGUCAACAAGAAGAUAUGGCAUGUUCCCUUCUUUAUAUACGGGCUUGUGUCUUUCAUCGCGUUUGUGGUGAUACUCUUCCAGUCGUUAUCGCCCAUUCGACAUGCCUUCUACGAAGCAUUCCUGCACUUCCAUAUUCUGCUGGCCGUCAUGGCUUUCGUCGGACUAUGGUACCACCUCGAGGGCCUUGCCAUGCAACGCGUCCUGCUGGCUACCGUCAUCCUGUGGGGAUUGGACAGAGUUGGCCGACUGGGCAGUAUUAUCUGGCGCAACUUCGGCAAGAAACGAACAACUGCGACGGUCGAGCUACUUCCCGGCGACGUGGCUCGGGUGGAUGUCGCGUUGGCGCGGUCCUGGUCCUUCAGAGCUGGCCAAUACAUGUACCUGUACAUCCCGUCGCUCGGACUGUGGACGUCCCAUCCGUUCUCGGUGGCGUGGACGUCGUGGAAUCGCACUGGGCCGUGGGAGAAGCGCAGCUCACAGGACUCGGUUGGUCUCUUGCUGGGCGAUGCGGAGCGGCAGAAGGUGUCGUUCCUGAUCAAGCGGCGUGACGGGUUUACCAGGAAGCUUCUGGACAAGGUUGAUAAAUCGAGCGAAGGGAGGUUCCGUGCUACGGCGUUUGCAGAGGGGCCGUUUGGUGGACUGCAUACUCUCUCGUCAUAUGGAACGGUGGUGCUUAUCGCCGGAGGCAUUGGAAUCACCCACCCGCUAUCUUACAUGCAUGACUUUGUGAAUGGAUCCGCUGAGCGUGCAAUCGCCGUGCGUCGGGUGAAGCUAGUCUGGGCUGUUCGCAGUCGAGAUCACCUCUCUUGGAUCCAGCCAUGGAUGACCACUUUACUGGGCCACCCCGCCCUCCAGGUCUCCAGCGAACACAAACAAGAAUCGUACUUUCAGUUCCCGGAAUUUACCCUGUCGGUGCAGGUGUACGUGACCGGGUCUCCAGACGGCAAUGUCUCAGACGACUUCUAUUCCUCAGACGAGACCCCGUGGGCGAACUCUGCCCCGCCAAGCGUGCCUGUGAGCCUGCACUCGGGUAAGCCGCGCUUCGGGGCGAUCCUCGACGCCGAGAUGGCGCAGCAGGUCGGCGCGAUGGCCGUGAAUGUCUGCGGACCGGGGAGCAUGGGCGACGACGUACGGACGGCGGUGAGACAGCGACAGGGCCGGAAGACGGUGGAUUUGUACGAGGAGGCGUAUUCGUGGUAG